AUGUUGCUACCGAUUUCAUGGCUAAUUCGAUUGCCACUUUCAACAAUAGAUGGCUCAACAAAUUCCUCCUGGCAAAUGGUCAAUGAUUCUUGUAUUGCAGACAGUUUGAUGUCACCACGGCUUGUGCAACGAAAGUUCCCAGCUGGAGCCGAUCGCACGCCGUUCACCGUGACACACGUGCCCUGUGCGAGUGCUUGCAAUGGCAACGUAUGGGUCCCUCGUACUACUAUCACAUCCCCGAAUAUCAGCAACUCAAAUAGUCUUACACGGAUAGACAAGACGGGAAUUAGGAACGAACCGGAACAUUUACACCACCAACCGCGGUAUCUUAACGAACAAGAACGGAAGCGACAGUACCGGAUAGCGCUCAAUUUCUUUAACAAGAAACCGGAACGCGGCGUGCAGUUGUUGACGGCAUGGCGGUUCGUUGACGAUUCUGCAGAAUCGUUGGCAAACCUCUUAUUUGGUAGGCGCGGUCUCAGCAAGCAAAUGAUCGGCGAAUACAUUGCAACAUUGCACUCAACGUUCCAUUCAUGUGUAUUGAAAUAUUUUAUUGGGCAUAUAGACGUUCGCGGAAUGGAAGUUGAUGUUGCGCUGAGGAAAGCAAUGCAAUAUUUCUUCCUACCGAAAGAAGCUGAGAAGAUCGACAAAAUCAUUCAAGAGUUCGCUCAGCACUACGCCAAAUGCAAUCCAAAGCGGACGAAACAAUUUCGGGGAGGCUGGGAUACGAUUCAUAUGAUCGCCUUUGCAGUCAUUAUGCUGAAUACGGACUUGCACUCGCCUAAUCUCAAGGCAUCUCAAAGAAUGCAAAUGGAGCAAUUUGUCCACAAUCUACGUGGCCAAGAUAAAAUGCGUGGCGAGAAAGAGGGCAUCGAUAUUGAUCGGUCCUGUCUACAAGGUAUUUAUGAGCGGAUACGUGCCGAAGAAAUUCGCCCAGGAGAUGAUCAUGUAGCACAAGUGGCACGAGUUGAUGCUGCAAUUAUUGCCCGUGAGAAGCCCCGAUUAACUGAGACCCAGCGACGUCUGGUCUGCUACUGUCGAUUACAACAAGUAAUGGAUCCCUCCCGGAAACAGUCUAUAGGAUCACACGAACGAGAUGUUUUCCUGUUCAACGAUAUGCUGGUGGUGGCUAAAGCUAUCAACAAGCGUCGUACUUCGGCUCACACGUCAUAUACUCUGAAGCAUUGGAUGCCAUUGUUAGGAGCGUCAGUGCUUGAGUUCAAGGUCGGUCAUUUCUUCAGUGAAACUGAAACUUCUGUCUCGAAAUUUUUAGAAAGGAGUGUCUGA